UUUGCCAGACUAUAUCUUGCACUUGCUGGUCUCUGUGUGGUGGCUUACAGUUUUUUUCCUGCUGACCACUGCUGAGGUUUCCUGUCAGAAAACCUGCACUGUGCACAUGGGAGAGUCAUAAGUGUGUUAUAAAAGCUAAUCCUGAAGAAUAUGCAUCUGAAUAGAUUGCUUUUAGAGUAUCUUUUUAUUUGGGGUGGAAGUCUUGUGGGUGGGAGCCCAGUUGAAGCAGAACAUCUCCUCUUUAGGGUACAAGGAGCAGGGAACUGUGGCACGUCUAUGCAUUUUGAUGUGGUUCUGAUGUUAGCAGUAGAAGCACUUACAAGUCUGUGUGCAUUUAUAUAUGCUUUACACACUGUUUUCUCAGGAAACAAGAGGCCCUGUACUUGGGCACCCUGCUCAGAUAUAUUAUAUAUUUGGAGGAGAUUGCCUGCUGGUGAGCCAAAUGGGGCUAGCUGCGCUGUUCAGCCAUCUAGCCAGCAGGACACAGGCAGAAAUGGCCCACACGUGUCGCGGGACCAUCAACCUGUCCACAGCUCAUAUCGAUACGGAGGACUCUUGUAACAUCGUGCUUUCCAAUGGGGGAAGGACGUACCACUUAAAGGCGAACUCAGAAGUGGAGAGGCAGCGCUGGGUCACGGCCCUGGAGCUGGCCAAAGCGAAAGCCAUCCGCAUGAGGAACAACCAGUCAGAUGACUCGGGCGAUGAGGAGCCCGCCUCGCAGUCAGACAAGAGCGAGCUGCACAGCACGUUGAAAACCCUCUCGAGUAAGCUGGAGGAUCUGAGCACUUGCAAUGACCUGAUCGCGAAGCACGGGGCGGCCCUGCAACGCUCGCUCAGCGAGCUGGAGAACCUGAAGCUGCCGGCUGAGAGCGGUGAGAAGAUCAAGGCGGUGAACGAACGAGCCACGCUCUUCCGCAUCACCUCCAAUGCUAUGAUCAACGCUUGCCGCGAUUUCCUGGACUUAGCCGAAACUCACAGCCGAAAAUGGCAACGGAUGCUGCAGUAUGAGCGGGAGCAGAGGAUCCGGCUGGAGGAGACCAUCGAGCAGUUAGCCAAGCAGCACAACAGCUUGGAGCGAGCCUGCCGCGGAGCUCCCGGCCUGUCCUCCAGCAGCACCGGCAUCACCAGCACCGCCAAGGGGAGUGUGCAGUCUGCAAAAGGAGAGGCCAGUGAUGAAGAUGAAGAGACGGAAUAUUUUGAUGCCAUGGAGGAUGCACCAGCUUUUAUCACUGUAACUGCAGACCCCAAGCAUCACAGGCGUUCGGGCAGUAACCUGAGUGGGGCCAGCGAGGGCCACCCUGAGGAUUGGAACCUGGAGGACAGUGUCUUUGAAAGCUCAAAUCAAAGCAGCUACAAUGAGUCCACUUGCAAAGAUCUCCUGCCGAAGAAGAGGAGACGGACUCGCAUCCCCGACAAACCCAACUACAGCCUUAACCUCUGGAGCAUCAUGAAAAACUGCAUCGGCAAAGAGCUGUCCAAGAUCCCCAUGCCCGUAAAUUUCAACGAGCCGCUCUCCAUGCUGCAGAGGCUGACGGAGGACCUCGAGUACCACGAGCUGCUGGACAAAGCGGUCAAGUGUGAGAGCUCCACGGAGCAGAUGUGCUUCGUCGCUGCGUUUUCGGUGUCUUCCUACUCGACAACUGUCCACCGCACCGCAAAGCCAUUCAACCCGCUGCUGGGGGAAACCUAUGAGCUUGACCGGCUGGAGGAGUUUGGUUUCCGUUCCCUGUGCGAGCAGGUGAGCCACCACCCCCCGGCAGCCGCCCAUCACGUCUACUCUAAGCGAGGGUGGACGUUGUGGCAGGAAAUCACGAUCGCCAGCAAGUUCAGGGGCAAAUACCUCUCCAUCAUGCCACUGGGCGCAAUCCACCUCGAGUUUCACUCCAGCGGGAAUCACUACGUCUGGAGGAAAGUCACCUCCACUGUUCACAACAUCAUCGUGGGCAAGCUCUGGAUUGACCAGUCUGGUGAAAUAGAGAUUGUUAACCAUAAGUCAAAAGAUAAAUGCCAGCUGAAAUUUACCCCCUACAGCUACUUCUCCAGAGAUGUCCCCCGAAAGGUGACAGGGGUGGUGAGCGACGCCGAUGGUAAAGCCCACUAUGUCAUGUCUGGCACGUGGGAUGAGAAGAUGGAGUGCUCCAAGAUAGUGCAGAGCAGCCACGGCAGCACCAGCACAGAGGGAAAGCAGAAAACCGUCUACCAGACGCUGUCUCCAAAGGUCCUGUGGAAGAAGUACCCCCUCCCGGAGAACGCCGAGAACAUGUAUUUCUUCUCUGACCUGGCCCUCACCCUGAACGAGCCCGAGGAACGAGUGGCCCCCACGGACAGCCGGCUGAGACCCGACCAGCGGCUGAUGGAGAGCGGCCGCUGGGACGAGGCCAACGUGGAGAAGCAGCGGCUGGAGGAGAAGCAGCGAGCCGUGCGCCGGCGGCGAGAGGCCGAGGCUGUGGAAGCCCUGGAGGAAGGCAAGGACUACGAAGGCUACAUCCCGCUGUGGUUUGAGCGCAAGGUGGAUGCUGUGACGGGAGAGCUGAUCUGCGUCUAUAAGGGUGGCUACUGGGAGGCCAAGGACAAGCAGGACUGGAGUAUGUGCCCCGAUAUCUUCUGAGCCACGCCGGGGUGGCCGGCCCCGCGCCUCAAUUCACCGGGACAGAGGGACAGUGAGGACAUGCCGGCAGCGUCCCGCUGGCAGUUAACAGUGCAAAUACAUACACAGAAUCAAUACAUGCAGAAAUUUGAAAAGCAAAUCUAAACAGGGAUUCCAAACCUAUUUUUUUACGCACUAAUAAAUAGCAUCCUUUUUUUUUUUUAAUGAUGGCUUUUUCAGCGACUAAUUAGGAACGAGGACACAUGAAUCUGGUUCGUUUUUAGCCUAGCAUAUUUAUUGCUAUCAGGAGUUGCUGCCUAUAUCUUUCAGCGCCUCGGCUUUAUUGGCUGAGACGUCGACUUCCAAAGAUGCUCGCAUUGUGGGGAUGCCGUGCAUUUGUGUGAGCUCUUUUCUUUGACAUUAUUUUUUUUUUUUCCCCCCCCUAUUUGUGUGUGGACUUUAUGGAAUUAUUUUUUUAAAAAAAUAUCUGCUCCUGGUUCAGGUUCCUUCAAAGAUGGACACAAACAACCCUGCAUCCUGCUCUGAAAACUAUCUCCAGGGGCUGUGGUGUGUGAUCCUGGAGGCUCUUGGUGGUUCCUGCAGUGCCCAGUCAUCCCAGUAACACCACUUAGGAUAUUUCAGCUGGUGACUUUUUUUUUUUUUUUUUUUUUUUUUAUUUUAGAGAAGUGUUUGAGCAGAUUCCCCACAGUCUUGCCGUGUUUAGUCAAGGUUUAGGACUGUCUUUAACAUGAUGCUUUGUGAGAGUGGUUUGAGUGAGGUUUGGUUUGGUUUGGUUUUCCUGCAACCACAUCCAAAGGGGGAAGUGGCUUCGCCAAGGUCGGGAGCGCCUGGCAGACACAGAGCAAAGAGGUUUGUAGACCAGCAAUGCUCCGGGGUCCACGUACCAGCUCUCUCCCGCUCCGUAUCGCUGCAGCCCAGGGGCUGGCAGGAGCCUGGCCCCCGGUGCCAGGUUUUCAGGCAGCGUCUCCCUGCUGAGCUCUGCCUGAGGCCGGGCAGGAGGGGAGGGAAGAGAUGCCGUGGUGCUGCUGGGAUGGAGCCUCCCCGGGAUGCAGCCUUGGUCCUGGGUCUCCCAUCCCUGUGUCUUCCCCAUUAAGCCAGACACUGGCACUGGAGGGCACCCGCAGCCCGGUGCCCGGCUCCAUUCCUUCUCCUCCCUUGUGGCUGGUCUCUCCCGGGAGCAGUUUCAGGUCAUCACUAAAGCAGCCUGAGCACAGGGCUGGGGGAACCCCACGCCCCCCGCUCACCCCUCCUGCAUGCCAUCGCAUUGCUGCGGCCCUGGACCCGCCAGGAGAAGCGGAGCAAGCCCUGCCGAUGAUCGGCGAGGACCAGGAGCGAGCGGUGCUCGGCCACCGGCCACGCAGGCGGGUACCGCCAGUCCCCAGCGCCGAAGGGGAGGAUGGGGGUAGCAGGACCCCGAAGAUGGGAUCUGCUGGGCCAGAGAGUAUCAGGGAGACCUGGACACCUGCGUUUGCCCCGUUGGAUCUCAUUUUCAAUGUCUUCUUCUCCGGGUCUUCAUCAUAUCACACUGACUGCUGCCUCACGGGGGUCAGAGGCCACCCCUAGCUGGGCCGUCACAUCCACAUUGGAAGAUAAUUAGCAAUAAUGAACUUUGAGGCAAUGGUAACUGGAAUACCCAGGCUACACAUGGGACACUUAUGCAAUCAGGUUCCUCAACCAUCGGUCUCCUCCUUGGUCGGCUUCUCUUCCAGCGCCUCCAUACCCGUUAUUUACAGCAAACCUACGUGUACAGUAUAUAUAGACCUUGUACGGCGUAACAGUAGUGAGUGGCUAUCGGAGUGGCAACACCCACUGAUUUCAAUGUACCCUUUAAUCUUAUUUAUUUGCUUCUAAUUUAUAUAUAUAUAAAAAUAUAUAUAAAAUUAUUUUGCUUAAAUUUCUAUGGUACACAAUAGAUGAAAAAUAAUGAAGACAGAAGUGUCUGUCUGAGUUUUUGUAGCACGAGUACAAUUUCCCUAGGCUCGUCCUGGAGGUAAGGUGUAGGGGUGAUGGUGACAGAGUAAUUCCCAAAGUAGAGAAGCAACAUUUUGCUCCAAAGCUGGAUGUGAUAGCAUUCAAAAGGUGUUACGAAGACAUUCCCUUCUAGAAACGAUGCAUUUGGGGUUUGAAGGCCAGAGCUCGGUAUCCCCCACAUUCGGGAGCGCGAUGCUCCAAACCUGGGUGGUAGAGCAGCCGGUCUGGCAUGUUUGCUCCUUCCAGACCGUUCCUGGAGGUUUGCCCGUGGCUCAGUAAAGCCGGUGCAGCUCUUAAAUGAGCCAAACUUCUGCAUUAGCUGUUGGAUGCGGCCUGUGGAGAGCUGCCGGGUGUCCCGGCCCCGGGGCGUGCAGAUCUCCUUUGGAGAUGGGCUUUCACCUACCCGGGAGAGCAGAGGAUGCUCCGCACUAAACCUUGAUGCCUCUGGCUUCGUUUGUGGCGGCAACCGAAGUUGCCCGGGGGGGUUUAUUCCACUCCGAGGCCUGAAUCGGUUUUGUAAAAUGGGCUAGAAAUUGAGCUCUUCAAAAUGCCUUAUUUUCCUUGUUCGCUUUGUCAAUGCAAGUGUUACCUGCGAACUUGGAGAGUGUGAGAAGCUCCUGCACAGGUUGUCCCCAAACCAGGAUCCGAGCGUUCCCGCAGCGGAGGGGAGCGGGGAGUGAGAUGUUGCUCGCUAAGUGCUGGCACCAUCAGUCCUGCUGGGCUCUGUCACCCCGAGAGGUCCUCUCUGAUGUACCCCCCAUCGCUGCGUCUGUCUUAGAAAUCACCAUCACAGACCCUGCACAGCUUAGCGGAGCUCGGGGGAGCACAAGGAGCACCCCCAAAACAGAAAUUCCCUGGUUUUUAGGCUAAUUUUAAAAAUUGCUCUAUGUUCCGGAGAUCAUCUAGCGGCAACGCUUAAUCAGAGCACCAUCUCCUGGUCUUUCUAUUCACCCCCCACAGAGGGUUUUAAUGUCAUUCCACUGUAAAUGCCGUUGAAUGUAUUUCUUUUUGAACAAUAUAUUGUGAGUGAUCCCUCUUCUCCUACACGGUAAUAAAACUUGGAUUCGGGAGUUUUAAAA